GAGUUUAUGUUUGGGGAUCUGCAGCGGACUCUUGGAUCUGCGUCUUCUUGUGAUCUGAAGGACUGUAGUGAUUAUCAUGCCCGAUUACUCUAUGACAGCUUUUUCCAUUACUAAAUUCUUUUAAACGGCUUAUGGUUCAUCCAAUUUAAAUUCGCAAUGUCGGUUAGGAGGUAUACUGAUCCUGUAUAUCUCCAGUUUGUGUGGAAUGCAAUUGAAGCAUGCUCAAGAGAUUCCAUCGAGUCUUCUUUCCACGAAUUGUUGUCCUUUAUUCAAAGAGAAUGUGAUUCUAGAUGCACUGCAGGGAAACUGCAAAAUGAACUCUCAAAUGCCAUAAGCGAUGGUUGUAUAGAGUGUAACCAACGCUGUUAUGUGAAACGCGACCCAAUGCCCAAAACGAAGGAUAAACAUGACUGGUAUUGCUUUGAAUGUCACGGACCAGGUCUUGUUGUGUCUUGUCCAACUUGUUUCAGAGUAUACCAUCCCGAUUGCUUACCAGUUGCCUUAUCAUCACAAUUGUCUCGUGUUAUACCGUGUGAAUCUGGUGAAUCCGAAGCCGAUUCAAAUAUGUCCAGUGGAUUCCCACCGAUUAGCCCGUGUCCUGUUUGUCAGCGGCUGUCGCGAGCAUCUAAUAUAUCAAAUCCUAGCACCCCAUCGGAGUUGCAUAAGAUCUUCCAGGUUGUCCUUGAUCGAAUCCGCAACAAAGUGAAUUGGAAAACUAUGCAGGUUGUUGGGUACCUAAACGAACCUUUGCGAAACAACUACCUCGUAUUACGGCAAAUUAAUACUCGUCUUAUGACCGAACGUAUGCGAGCAGAUCCAUCAUCUAAAGAUUGUUAUCCUAAUCGAACUUCCCUUCUGAUUGAUGUGGAUUUACUAAUUCAUAACACCGCCAUUUUUUACGGUUCUAAAAACGAUAUGAGCAAUAUGGCUCGACAGAUACGAUCUCAGCUAGAACGAGAAUUGCGAGAAUCUUCUUUUUGCAUAGAUUGCUACUUGCGUCUUCACUCAGCAUCAGUAAAUAAAUUAACAGCACCUUGUCGAGUUGCUCAUCGUCUCCUUUGGUUCCAACACAAUGGGUGGUCCUUUCGCCCUUGUAAAAUGUUAUAUCAGAGUACAGAGGGCUACGAAGUAGUUUGCUUUGGUGGACGACAUGAGAGAGUUUUUGUCCCACUAGCGAGAGCAUUCGAUAUGAAUUUUACAGCAGAUGAACUUGGUUUACGAGAAACACCACCUUUGAAAAAAGCACUGAAUGAAGCUGAAGAGUACAAAACAAACCAAGCUAUUUUUGAUCGGCAAAUGAAGAAUUACUCUGAUCAUUCGCCAAACAAGAUGCUGGCUGAACCUAUCUCGAUAGAUUCGAUAAGAAAUAAUCUAAUCAAUGAGUCUAUAUCUAAUGGAACAUUCCUGAAAAAUGCUACUUCUCCCUCUUUAAGAAAGAAAAGACCUGGCAGGCAUCCACUAUCUACUAGAUCUCACAAUGAAGGCUUCAACGUAUCGCCUGAAAUGCAGGUUUUCAAAUCUCGUAAAUCCACUGGAACAAAUUCACCAGUUUGGUGUCCUGUGUCACAGCAUUCUACGUCUCGACGUGACUCACAUUGGCCAGAUACUAUGAAGAAUGUUACUGAAGAUAACUUAACUUCCUUAUCGUCAUUGAACAGUGACAGUGAUGGUUCGGAAACCAAGUGCCGCAUUUCAGAGUCUACUGAGAAUCCAAGUGUAAAUAAAUCGUCUAUGAAACUAUCUAUACCUCUUCUACCUACUCCAACAAAAAGAAAAUCACACAAAAGGAAGCGAUGCAACGAAACACAUUCAAGACCUAGUUUCUCCAACGGUAUGUCAGCUGUCCCUCCUAGCUGUGAUUCCAGUUCAUCCGAGCUUUCAACAGCGUCUUUCGCGGCUAAAACACAACGAACUAUACGCAUAAAACCGUUGCCUUUUAGAAGUGAAAACAACGACAUUCCUCUUUCUGUGAAGGAAGGCAAUCAAUCUCUCCCUCGAUUGACCUGUGUUGACAGUCAUGUCGUGCGUACAGAACCUGUACACAGUAUAUCGUCCUCAUCCUCUGCUGCAUCUGGUCCUUCAUCGGACCGUACAACUGUCCCUGCCCUUGCCUCUUCUGGUGGCCAUACCCCUCCUGAUUCCUCAGCUUUUUCGGCCUCAUCAACAUACUCUAGUUUUUCUAAGAAAUCGCGUGGACGUCCGCCUAAGACUCAUAAAUCUACCAAGUCCUCUUUGCCUUCAGCGAGUGCCAAAUCUGCCACCGAAAAUCCUGAUGACUGUUCUUCCACCCCGUUACUGUUAUCUGCAAGAAAUACCUAUGAGCCCCCAGCUAAGAACAAACAUAGUCUUCUUACAGUGCCGAUAAGUUCUCCUAUCCGUUCGGAUAGACUAACCGUUGCAGAUGAAGAUAAAAAACACCCAGUGUGUUCUUUAUCCCCACCUUCAUCUCUGUCAGAUGCGGAGUCGGAUUUGUCUUCUCUUUCUUCUUCAUCUUCCACCGUGUCGUCAUCAUCAUCUCAGUUGUCUUCUUCCUCGUUGUCUUCAACAUCCACACUUUCAUCUCCUGCUCUACGAUUAUCUUUCUCUACACUAAAACCAAAAAUAAAUGACGAACUGUCGACCGCUCGAGUCAAGCAAAAGUCGUCAAAAGACAUAUUAACACCCUUCCAAAGUCAGUUAACUCUCAAAACACGCGAUAAUAAGGAAGGGACAAAAGGAGCUGAUAGUAGUCAACACGUUCCCAAGUUAACUAAACCAAAUAAGUCGUCUCGCCAUAACUUGGAAACGAAGGGACAUUCCCGACCGUCUUCGCGAUCUACUGCUAUAACUACUUUCAAAAAUACAGAUUUGAAUAAUGACUACCAAGAUGAAGACGUCGGAUUCUGUAUGGUUUCUCCUGAAAAGAGUCUAAAACCUGAUAAGCCAACCGGGAUUCUGCGCAUUCCUGGCGAUGGUAGUAAUUCUGUUGACAAUAAAUCUCUGGGUUCUUCGGCACCCAACUCAUCCGUCAAAAACUUCACUUUUGAUAGCCCUAAUACCAAACUCAAUUCUAAAACCGUUCAUCCUUCUGGCUGGUCUAGUGGGACAAAAAUAUUGUCUACAUUUAAUGAUCAGUCAUCUGCAGCGCCUCAACUUACUCACCCAACUGGAGCAAAUGUCUCCACAGGUCCAACUCCUCCUUCGAACUCUUCAGCAUCUUCUUCAUGUUACUCUUCGGUGUCACCAGCUGCUCUUUCGUCCACGUCUGGUUUAGGUUCUAGUUUAAGUGAUCCAAAAUCAGUAGACGCAUCACCUGGUGAAGUAGCGACCAUGCUAGGGAAUGCACCUUUUUCUUGCUCAUCAGGCAAUGGCGGUGGACUAGUUGCUCAUUUGCAGUCUGAUAGCAAUAUGAUAAAAGCUGAGGUGGGUCUUAAUUUUAAAAUAUACAACUAUAUUAUCUACUUUUUUGAUGAAUGUUUUAUCUUGUAAGGAGUUUUAUAUUUAUCGCUCACCAAUUUUUGUUAUUUUUUUGUCACUGAAACCGUCAUUUCAUAUUACUUGUCUUGCAAUUCUCUUAUACAACAUCAAGUGUUGUACUAACUAAUGUACUCACAAAAUGAAUCAUUCUCAGAUUAUUAAUCUAAACAGCAACUGUCUUAUCUCGUGUACUGUGCUCUUAAAUAGUUACAACACCAAAAAGAUUGCACCUACAUGCUAAACAUUAGAAAACUUCGUUUUAAUUUUAAUGCAAAGCUUACUAAAAUGUCAUUUCAUUUUAAACCUUUUAUUAUGUAUGUAGUUGAUAUCUCAGUAUUUUGUAGUUCAGAACAUAUUAAAUGAAGCCAUAGCUCUUGUGACAUCGAGAAGUCAAGGGAUCUAAGUUUAAAGAACUUACACAAUGUUAUUCUUUUCCAGGUUCAUCAAGCUCGAUUUAAAGAAAAAUAAACCGUGUUAAUAAAAAGACUUGGUUCCUAGUUAAUUAUACAUUGUAGUUGCUAUAUUGUAUUUUAAAGUUCGUUUGGUCAACUUCUUAGUUUUCGCUAUUCAAAUCGAUAUAACUCACGAAAUCUUUCUUAACUACCUCUCAAGUUUUCCAUCAAAUCCAAAGUUAAGCUUUUUGAUCCGAUUUCGCUUUCGUGAGCGUAGACAUAUCUCUUUCUGAAGAUCCUUAGUUAGUUUAUUUAAUAUUUUAAUAGUGUACCUAGUUUAACACAUUGAUUUCCGUUUCUGUUUAAUUAACACGGCUCGCGAAUUGUCAAAGGUAUUUUUCCAAAACUUUUCAACGUUCUCUUUCGGUCGUUAUAUUUUGUGAAAUUCGGUGAACAGACAGGGAAUGUUUUCGUACAACUUAAGACCUAGUUCAUUAGACUUUAGUAAGGUAAAUAAAAAUCAGUACAGUAAUAACCUUGGGUAUUUUAUUAUUGACAAUUAAUUCUGUCGUACUUCCCCGACUUGAAUCCUACGCCAUCUUACACUAGUUUUCUUUGAAUUCAAAUCCUCAGUAAAAAGUCAGUUUCUGUAGUACCUCAACUAUUUUUUGUGAUAUCGUUUAUUGAGAAUCUCUUUAUUAGUAACGUGGAGAUUUCUUAUAUACUGGCCAUAUGUAUAUACGUACACACAUCUUUUAGCUGUAUAUUUGUUUUAACACAAUGUCCACAUUUUAAAUCCACAAACAUUCUUAUUUCAUUGUUUUUAGGAACGCAUUCAUCGGAUAUAUGCUGAUCGACUUAUUGCCUUGACAACUGAAAGAGACCAAGCUCGGGAGGAAGUUCAUCGACGCGACAUUUUAAUCUCUGAACUUCGUCGUGCACAUGAAGCUGAGAUAAAACGUGUUAAACAACGAACAUGGUGUCAAGUGUGCUUAAAUGAGGCCUUCUACCACUGUUGUCCCGGAACGGCAUAUUGUUCAGAAACAUGUCAGUUUGAACACUGGACAGCUCAACAUAAUCGCGAUUGCCGUCGUCGAACAGAGUCACAGCAGCAACAGCAAAUUCGUAGCUAGCAUAGUAUAGACCAAGCGUAUAUAUAUGCUCUUCAACUCAGUUUCAUUCCCUCCAACCCCGUUUCUAGUCGUUCUUAACUAACUUCUAAGAAUUAAGUUUUUUUAAAGUUUGGCAGCCGUGUUAGUGAUGGAAGAAUCAAUUUUACCCUAUUAUUAUUAUUAUUCGCGUCAGAGUCUCGUGGACUGUUGAGCGCCGCUCAAUCACCGUUUUUUGCUUCAUAAUAUGUUUGAUAGCGUAUAGUCUUUCUUUAUCUCACGAUGGCAUUGUGAUAAUAACGCGUUCUUAGAAUUUUAUCGUUAUUGUAAGUAGAACUAGUGAUACUAAAACUAGUAAUCAUGAGCUUUCUCACAACUAUUCUUUCUUGACAGACCUAGGACUGCGCUAAACCCAGGAGCCAAUAAAUUUAUUUCAUUCAUGAUACUUCUAAAUAGAUUUAAUAUUCCUUUCUUAAACUGAUUAUUUGCAGAUUAGUGAAUUUUCCUUAGUUCACUGCAAUUAUUAACUUCGUUUAUGACAUUAGUGCUGUGAAGCGCAAAUAACAUCAUACAUCCUGUAUCGCGCUCCUUCAAUCCUCUUGUCUGAUAUUUGUGCUUUGUUGCGCUCAUUUAAGUAUAUUUGUUUUGUUGUUACUUUAACAUUCUUCAGUGUGUUUGAUAGUCCACACGCACAAAUACAUAAUCGUAUAUGUAUGCAUAGAUAUACACAUGUAAAUCAAUCCCCUGUUUUUGUUUAUUUUUCUAUAUCUUUUCAUUUUUGUCUGUGAUUCAUACUAUCUGAUCUUCGUUUCUCCUGUCUUAUGUUUUCCCUUUCAUACUACUGCGUUAAAAAAUUAGUCUGUUGUACAUGUACAUACGUCUCACUUAAUGUUGUUUUGCAACAAAUCCAAGAUGCUUAUUAAAUUAGCAAUUUAAUAGUUGUAGUUAUGUAUUAUUUACGAUAACUCAUAUAGAUCUAAGCUCUUGUCUUCUACCUGCUGCUGAAAUCUUUCGUUUAUGCGUAAUAUUUUAAAUCAAUAUAUUAGUAUUUUUCAAAUAGCCAUUAUUUUGUCCUAAGAAUCCUUUUUUUGUUGGAGUUUAUUCCUUCAUUGCUUGUCUUAUUAAAAAUUGCUAUUAAUAGGAGGUUGAAAGUUUUAAGUAUCCAUAAACGGGAACGCACAUGCACAGUUCGUUCAUUCAUCUAUGUAUACGGAUAAAGAUGUAGUGACGGAAGAAUUCAGUAAGACUUGAUACAUAUAUAUACUUUUGCAAAUUUUAGCAACAUGUAUUCAUAACUUGUCUUAUCUCUACAUUUAUAUAGCAGCAGUUACCCAUAUAGUAUAAUAAAUAAUAUGUUUUCGAAAUACUUCAUAAUAAUUCGUUUUUUUACUAGAAGCAAAUAACUAAUUUCUUUUUCUCUUCUAUCUGUACAGAAACAGUUGUAAAUUUUCUUUUGUUUUUUUGUAUACUUGUAUGUAUUUUUUUGUUGUUAUUGUCAUUUGUUAAACGUUAUAUUUUAUCCUAAAGUAAAUUGCUUUUUGAAUCUAAUGGUAGUCUACUCUGAUAUAAAUGAUUGUGAACAAUCGGAAUUUUUAAAAAUCCCUAUUUCAAAUUGUUAAGGUGAUAUCUUACUGUGUUCUCAAUAUAAAAUAGGUUGCAGUCUAGAUACAUUUUCUUCGUUUCAAGUCUCAUUAAAUUCGUGAUUAUUUAAAUAUAUAAAGUGCUUUCAUACAACUAUUGUCAUUAUUUCACCAAUUGUAAGUCUCAAAAAUGUUUUUCUACGGAUUUAUUUUGUUGCCCAAACACAUACUGUGCGUAGGAUUUGUGUUGAGCUUGACCAUGCGUUUUUCCUCACGUAAAUUUUCCAGACACUAUUGCUACGCAACUUGAUUUCCAAUCCAUUUCCGUAAAUAGUCGAUAUGUGAGAAACCAAUAUUAUUUCUUCGCUAUUACUUAUUUCUGUUUCUUCAUACUGUAAUGUGCAUUCUUUUCCCAUUUUUAUCAUGGUUGGUUCCAGUACAACCAUCAGCAAAGUAAGUUUAGUUUUUUUUAUAUGGCACUGUACAUGUACAUUUCGCAAUUUCGUUAUUGCACAAGUUCAUUUAAAAUAUUAAGUGUUCUUUCUAACAUUGUCAAUUUCUUACUUUUUGGGUUGGGAAUCUUCAAUAGUUAAUGAUCUGUCGUUUUUUCUCAGGAACGCUAUUGGACUAGUAUGUUUUAAGGGAUAUGAUGGUCGUAUGUUUUACGCCUGAUUCACUUUUAUUCUGUUCUUUUUAGAAGAAUAGUCAUAACAUUGAAUUCAUGGUUUCUUUUGAGGAUAUUUUGUUCUCUAAACUGGAGAGCGCAUAACAUCCUGAGCUACAAGUAUUCCUUACCAUCCCCCACUUCAUAGUUUGACAACCAUUUGUUGGGACCUGUUACUACGGUGUCACUAAAAGGCUUUUUGUUUCUAGAUGUUCCAUUAGGUGCACUUUAGACCAACCAAAAUCAAGACUAAGACUGAACGAACGCAUAAAAUCGCUCUCUGUUAACUGCUCAUCGAACCAAUAUAAUAUGGUAUUGUUAUCUGACCAACAGCUCAUAUUCUUUGUAUUUAUUAGAUCUUUACAUUACGUAGCUGUUUAUGUCUAAACUUUGUGUUUUUUCCAUCACUAUAAUAGUUUUUAAUGUCAAAUAGUACUUCAGGUUGUCAAUCGAUUUUAGUUCUUUCUGGAGUGAAUAAACUACUAUGGAGUAGUUAAGGUUUUUCUCUGCUAGUUUAUUACAAGUGCGAUCGAUAGACCAAAUGUACUUUUGUGGCUUUUUACAAAUUCAUUCAUUUGAUGAAUGCGUAACUUAUACGCAC